CGCACGCGCCACACACACACCGCAGAGACGCUGAGCAGACGGGACCGCCGAGCUCAAACUCACACUCGCUGUCGCUCAGAAACACCUGGGACAGAGCGGCCACAGCGCCAAGUCCACACUUUUAUACUGGACCGCACACACACACCACCCAGCACAACCCAGGACUGUCCCCAAAACUGACUGACCAGAGCUCAGCACAGGCUGAUCCGAAAUGGGUCAUCUAGAUCUACAAUGAUGCCACAGAUACCCCUCUGAUGUGACAGGUCCUCCUGCAUCCCUAUCUGUCUUCAGCAUCCCUUUCAUCACCAUGGAUAUCAAAGGCAGCAAGCCUGCCUCCUCUCCACAGCUCCCUGGCAGCCGUGGCAACAAAGCGGAGCCCAGCAAAGAUGCCUCCUCAGCAGCACGCGAGCCCUCUGGUAGCAAGACGGCCGGCCGCGGUGAUGCUAGCGCGGUCAUGCUAACGGUGGGAAGCGGACAGAAGACGACCGGGUCCCUGGAGCACGUUGCCCAGAUCCACAAGCCUGGGCAGGGGUCGGCAAAGUCUCACCUGACCACCCACGCUAGCGAGCCUAAACUGCACAAGUCCCCUAACAGCUCGAGGGCACCAGCCAGCAGCAGCAUAGAUUCGCCAAGAACUUCCAACUCCAGACAUAACCUGGUGGUGACAACUUUUCGAGUGCCAGCGAAGGAGUCUCCAAAGACUCAACACAGCAGAGCGUCGACUACCUCUCAGAUCCCGGUUAAAGACUCUCCUAAGACUAACAGCUCUGCAGCUAAAGACACCAAGAAUCAAAACAAGCUAGCAGCUUCCCAAAUACCAGUUAAAGUGUCACCAAAAAUUACCAAAUCGUCCUCCAAGACGUCGAUGAAGGAGUCACCAAGUAACACCUCAAGCACACCUCUCUCCCUGUCGGAUGACCUGUCUCCUGUCAGUGAUGAUGGGAAUCUGGUUCAUGCUCUAAGAGCAGAUGUCACACCUGCCACAGCGUCCUCUGUAGUCCACCAAGAGGUAAAACAUGAGACGAAACAAAUCAGCCUUGUUAAACUGGAUUCCCAAAACCCACCCAAAGAAGGCAUCAAAAACGUGCCCUCUCCACGCACACUGCACAAAGACACAGUCACGCAGGAACACGGUCCACAAGCACAGCUCAAAGACACACACAAACCACCUGCCCAAAAGGAAGUGAUCUACACAGGGGACGCCCAACACAAACCCUCACCACACACCACCACAAAGACUCAACAUGAACACACAGCUUCUCUGAGCAGCCAGGCAGCACACAGCACAUCAGCUCCAGGGAGUCAACACAGCGGCACCCCGAAAACCAAACGUCAAACGACACCGCAGGUCACAGAGCGACAAACAGCAGUACAGAAAGAGAAGAGUGCAGAGAAGAAAGGGAAAGAGAGUGAAGGGAAAGGAGGAGUGAGAAGCAAAGACGUGGGGAAGAGUGUAGCGACCAUGACUGGCCUGGAAGGGCUGGGAAAGGACGUCGGGGUGCAAGUCUCUGAUGACCUCUGCAACGGUGCCGUGGUAACGGCAUCGCAGCUUGACAACCAUCUCACUGAUGUCACCGGUGUGAACGUCAACAGUGAGGAAAAUGCAGCGGUCAUGCGUCCGCAGAAGCCAAUAGUUCGCCAGCGUCCGUCCUCACAGUACGUCUGCCAGAUUGAGAUUGAGCUUUGCAGCCAAUCACAAAGCAACUCAGCGGAGUGCCCUCCCCUGACUGUAUCCGUGAAACCACCUGUCCCCUCUCUGUCUGGGAAACCCAUCGACGGGCCUGAUGUCUCCUCGGACCAAUCGGAAGUAAAGGAUAAGACGGGCGAGGGUCCGAGGCAGGAGAAGGCCGGGCCCGUGCACGAGGUGACGUGGGACGCCCAAGGGCUGACGUGGGAGGUGUAUGGCGCCGCGCUGGACUGGCAGGCGCUGGGCUCGGCCGUGCAGAGACAUCUGCAGACGCAGAUCGAGCAACUGGAACUCCGCCUGAAAGCGCUCCAGAGCUCCGCGCCUGAGAAGAAGAAGGAGAGUCCAGCACCCGCCGGACACAGGCCGCGCAGGAGGUGCCACUGCUGGUUCCACUGCUCUUCCUGCUGCUGCAGGCGCAAACAUCAUAGCGCUUGACCUUUGACCUCUCAGUUGCCUGUGCACUCAUUGAUUUUAAUCCUGUGGUAAUUCAAUAUUAACUUGGUUGCAAUCCA